AUGCUCCUUACAUUCUGGUUUGUGAUUCUUUUUGCAACCUUCCAGAACGCUGGAGCUAAUGACAAGGCCAGUAUUUCUUUCGGGGUAUAUUUGGAGACAUUUAAUUAUCACCUCAGCUCCGUAAAUAUAGCUCGUGCACAGAAGAAUACUGACCUCAUUAUUACAGUGUCAAUUAUUCAAGGUUCCAUUAUCGUCAUUGUAACAGCAGCGAGGAAGAUCCAAGGCCUUUCCUCCACCGACUCCCUCGAGGGUGCUGUGACGGCCUGGCUUGUGCAUGCAUUUGUCUCAGCGCUCAUCCCAGGCAGCCUUGCUCAGUCCACCAUUAUGAAACCAGAUUUCAUUCGGCAGUUCCAGUUGGCUUGCAAUCACGGCACACAAGCUAUUCAAGACUUCCUGAGCUCGUGCCCUGUGGCCGUGGAAUGGUGGGCCGAAGCUGCGCGCAGCCUUAAUCCAGAAAAUUUCAAAGAUGAGGGAGUUCUCAAGAUGCUUAAUGACAUGAGAAAUCUUAACCAAUUCUUCUGCCUCUCCAGUACCAAUGUCCAUGUUCCUACAGGGAUUUCGGCAACAUCUGAAGCCACAAUUCAGCCUUUGCCUUUGCCCUUGCCUGCGAAUCCCCUGCCCGCUCAACAAACGCCAGCAGGUCCCAGUACCAAGGAAGCUUUCGUGCAAUACUUUCAUGAACGAUUUCAGGGAGUAGACAUGGACGUGACUGUCAAAUUCCUUAUGCAAAAUCUGCAUUCUGUGCCAGAGGAGUGGCAGAAGGUGCUCUUCGGCAGUCUAGCUCCAGAGUUUAAAAAGGAGCUUGGUCAUGCAUUGACUCGUGCAAAGGCUUCAGCAGCUAGCAAAACUUUACCUGUGACCAGUGCCGCGACACCAAAUACCUCCUCCGACCGUGUGCCAACCGUUGUGCAGCAAAGUCGAACCACUACUGCCAGCAAUGCUGUUACACCUGCAACUGCGCACACUACGUCUGAGUCGUCAAAGUCGAUUCCCGUACCCCCCAGACCGUCUGUGACUAAAAAUACACAGGCUAAGUCCACGAGUGUACAACCCCCAAGGGCGUUGACUUCAAAUCGCACUGCUGCAACUACUGUUGCUCCAUUGGCUACCAAGGCAACCCCCGCACCUCAUGCACGCAAAACAUGUAUGGAGUUCUUCAAGCUGCGGAACCCUGAAAUAUUCACGUCAAAGUCUCUCGACAGCAGAAUGGGUUUUCUCCCCUGA